CUGAACGUCUCGUCGUACCUUAGUCAUUGUCGCAGAAGUAUGGUUUAUAUUGAUGGAUCAAAAUACUUGGUUUCGCGAUGGCUGGAAUCUCAUCGCCAUUAUCUCUAGAAUUCGCAGAAGUUUUGCAGUAAUUAGAACAAGAGGACCACUAAGACAACUUUUUUAGAACAAAUGGCAUACUAGAAAGAUAAUGCCGUAUUCCAAAGCAAUUCCCAUGUUGUCAGUGCCGUACAGAUGGCAUUGGUUUAAAUUGUUUUGGGUGCAGGGUAUCUACUAUGUCUACUUCCAAAGCAGGUACCCCUAUUUCGGACCGUGUAUAUUGCAACAUUCUGAAAUAUACCUCUACAAAAACCUUCAAGUGUAUAUUCUAAAAGAUUCUGCUCUUUCUUUUCGCCGUACCCAAAUAUCCACCUACAUCAUGGUAAAUCCUUUCUACUAUAGUCUUCGCUUGCUUAUCGGCUUAAACUGGUCUACUUCUGAAAGUUGCGAGAAAAAAACACUUCAAAAUACGCUACCCAAACUUUUUUUCGAUAAACCCUAAACAACUGUUAACUUGUUUGUUAGUCCCUCAUUACCUGUUGCAAUAUGAUCACCCCGAAAACAGCAUACAGAAUGCUUUACUACUCCCUUCCAUUUUACAUGUUGACCACCACCGAGUCGGUGAUGUUGCAUAUGGUAUUAGUAUUGUUUGCUGGUCUCCUUAGCUACAGUUUCUACAACGCUGCACAAGUGGCAAGCAAACUCAUUGCCGCCAACUUGUAACCACACAUAGUUGCCCCCUGAAUCGGUCUAUCCGUCGCAUGAUACUGUUUCAUGGAUAGACCCGUGUUAAUACGUCUUCUAUAAUGAAUAUACCUAAUAUUUUAAACGUGAACACGCAGGUGAAUAGCUGGUGAGUAUCCACCAUGUCUUUGUCUACCAUGAAGAUGUAAAGAGUUUGCAUUUGUCUCAACUAACUCUGAUUCUCUAGAAUACUAUAUGCUAUAUUAUGUCUAUCUCACUGGAUGUGAUGAAAAUCGCGUCUCAAAUAAACAGUACAUAUGUACAAACUGUCUACUGGUGUAAGAGCAAAAUUCAAGCCCCCGAGGCCACUUGGCAUUGCCCCCGUCAAGGAAUCCCCACCUACAUCACAGGGAGAUGGGAGUCUUUCCAAUAAAAGAAAACUUGGUCAAAUCACUCCAGUACACCGAAAGUUAUCACUGCAAUCUUCGAGUACUGAUUCGACACAAACCUCAAGUUCACAGAAAACAGAUGAAAAGUCGGGUAAACGGUUCAUGGUGCAAUGGAGAAAAGUCACAAACAAGAAGAAUAAAACAUGGGAUGGAGACGGCAUCAUAGAUGUCAAGGGUUCUUCAAUUACUGCAAAAAUUGACGGUAGAACCAUCACCAAGAUAAUUCCUAGAACCGAUGGUAUUUUCAAAGUGGGAGGCUACGAAUUGGAAGUGGACUGUGAAAUAGGAGGGUCUGAUAAGCAAGAACGCCCUCUCCAGCUUGAACAGGCCAAAACAACCCCCCAUCUUGCUCAAAUACCAUCGUUCAAGAAGCUUAUGCCCAGCUUAACCAAGGUUAAAAAACCACUUUUCCAGAAAACUGAAGAUUCAUUUGUGAUGAAGAAGGGCAAAGAGACUGAUACUGAUGUCAUUAUAGACCCAAUACUACUGAAAGUUUUACGUCCGCACCAGAAGGAAGGAGUCAGUUUCAUGUAUAAUGGGGUAAUGGGCUACAGUUUCGGAGCCAAUGGAGUUUUAUUGGCAGAUGAUAUGGGGUUGGGCAAAACUUUGAUGUCUAUAACGCUUAUCUGGACAUUAAUAAAACAAAGUCCAAACCCAGAAAAGAAAAAUGAAGCUAAUAAGGUGUUGAUAAUGUGUCCUGUUACGUUGAUUAACAAUUGGAGGCGAGAAUUCAAAAAGUGGUUAAACAUCAACCAGAUUGGCAUUUUGGUGGUCGAUAACAACUCCACUAAUUACAAACAAGACCUACGGAACUUUAGCAAGUCAUCUGCGUACCAGGUGAUGAUCAUGAGUUAUGAGAGACUAUUGAAUUGUGAAGAAGAAAUGCUUGAUAUUAAAUUUGAUUUAUUGGUGUGUGAUGAAGGACACAAAUUAAAGAAUAACACGAACAAGUCAUUGAAGAUAUUGACAAACAUGGAUGUCUCAAAGAAGGUAUUGUUAUCUGGAACCCCUAUACAAAACAACUUGACUGAGUUCUACACUUUAAUCAACUUUAUAAAUCCAGGUGCAUUUGGCACUUUUACCAGCUUUCAAAAGAAGUUCAUUAAGCCAAUCGAGAUGAGCAGAGAGGUCAACUGCUACAAUAAGGAAGUCAUCAAGAUGGGUAAAACUGCCAGUAAAGAGUUGAGUUCUAUUACAAAGACUUUUGUUCUAAGAAGAACAAACGAUAUUCUCUUCAAAUACUUGAGCUCUAAGACAGAUGUAUUGCUAUUUGUCAAGCCAAGCCACCAACAAUUAGAACUAUUUGAUCUAAUUAUGUCAAACUGCUCCUUCGCUGACUACGAUAAUAACAACGUCUUGAACCUUAUCAAUGUUUUCAAGAAGAUUUGCAACUCGCCGUCUCUUCUCCAGGAUGAUAAUCUAUUCAAUUCUCUUAGUGGCGGGUACAAAACGGAGUUACUGACUUCAAGCGGAAAAAUUGAUUUAUUAAUAAUGAUGCUUAUAGAGAUUAUCAACGAAAAGAAAGAGAAAUUGGUUAUCGUGUCAAACUAUACCAAAACUCUUGAUCUUUUAGAGAAGGUGUUGAAGAAGCUAAACUUUGAAUUCUUGCGAUUGGAUGGUUCAACUAAUCCUUCAACUCGUACGUCGAUUAUAAACCAGUUCAACAAUGUAUCUUUUCCUAGAUACCCCAUAUUUUUACUAUCUUCUAAAUCUGGAGGGUUUGGAAUCAAUCUUAUUGGUGCCUCGAGAUUGAUCUUAUUUGAUAACGAUUGGAAUCCUUCUAAUGACUUACAAGCCAUGUCAAGGAUAUACAGAGAUGGCCAAUUGAAACCAGUGUUUAUCUACAGGUUCUUUACCACCGGUUGUUUGGAUGAAAAGAUCUUUCAAAGACAGCUCAUGAAGAAUAAUCUCAGUGACAAGUUUUUGAAUGAUUCCAAGGCCAAUCUGAAUGUUUUUGAUAUGAAUGACUUGAAAGAUCUUUUCACUGUUCAUGAGUACACCAAUUGCAAUACUCACGAUCUUUUGGAAUGUGAUUGUGGAGGACAGGGAGAUACACAACAGCUAGAACCAGAAGUCUCCGAUAUUCUUACCUCAGAAGCUGAUAAUGAAGAUGCCCAACAAUCAGCAGUGAGAUCAUCUUCACUUCUGGAUGGUGGGUGGGUUUCAGCAUUGAACUAUAGUCAAAUGGAUCAGGCUGGGUCUAGAAAGAAGCAAUCCUUCAAAAAUGCAUUAUCUGAUUACAAGCAUCACGAUCCUAAGAUCAAUGCUUUCAAUUGUCCUGACGAUAUUGUUCAAACAAUUAUAAAGAAGACGAAGAGCAAUACAGCUAUUAGUUAUGUAUUUACUAAGGUUUCUAAUCCGGUCGGCAAAGGCCCGUUACUUGAAGAUAGCUCCAAAGAGAAUUCGGUUGAAUCUGCUACACCAGAAGUCGACCACUUUUCACCAGACCCUUUGAAUAAGUCUUCGCCAAUCUUCUAUGAGUCGGAUUACGAACCUCUGCAAUAA